AUGUUUGCCAUGCUCCUCAGUAGUGAGGCUGACUUACGACCUGUCUCGGAGGAAGACGCAACCUUCGUAGAGCUGCACAUGCACUUUUCGUCGUCCAAUUUCUCAUUUGCCCGUGUCGAUACAGGUCGCUGGUUGAGAACGACGAAACUUCUGCUAGAGGGGAAAUAUGAGCAGAUUUUCAAACAAGAACAUGAACAAGAUGAUGAACCUAUUAUACAAGCAUCUUUGUCGUCGUCCACUAGUAGGUGUAGGACUACUUCUACCGAUGAAGCGAGAGCCGUGCACGAUGUAGUUGAAGAGAGCCGUGCAAGUGGUGCAAGUGAUUCUGAAAAGUCCAGGAUUCCAUCUUCUUCAUCCAAAGGAUCUUCUACUUUAGACGACCUAGAUCUGUCCAUGAGGCACAUCAUGGACACGCUGAGGACACACCGCGAGGAAGUUGCAAUAAGAGAAGCGAGGAAAGCACAAGCAUUGGCGAUCCGUAACAGGUUUCCAACGAAAAAACGUGCCCUCGCAUACACUAGCUUUACCGGUGCUGCCGCGUUCGCUGGAUCUCUCGCUGCCACGCAGCAAGAGCUCCUCUUGGUUGCAGACGCGCUCGUGGCAUUUGCGCAUCCACACGUCGCACUCCUAGUGACCGCGUGGCGGCAACUCCUACAGUGGUUUUUGUCUACUAGUGUUGGGGUGUACAUUGCGCGAACAGUACUAGGCGAGACUACAUCAGCAUCAGCACAGCCGGCUUUCGUGGUUUUCAUCUUGGAAAAUUUCAUCAAUCCACUAGUCAGUGCGGUGGCGGCAGUGGGAAGAGCUCUAGGUCUCUUCUCGAAGCCUGAACCGACCGCUUUCGAACAGUUCUUGCUUUUUACGGCACUACAAAGGAUCUCAUACAUGGAGACUCAACAAACAAUUCAAUCAUUUUUUAUCGAAAUACGGAACUUAUCUACAUCUUCAUCAAGAAACAACAAUAUCCCAAACGAGUUUAGAGGACCACCUAAAACUAAAUACUGCAAAAGAUUCAUAGGCUUUGAUAGAUGUUGUUCGUUUGAGAAGAUAUUCGGUCCUUUGGUCUUCCACGGUCCACCUCACAUUCAUCCACUACGUGUCUGCUUCUAACACGCAUCUCCUCGAGCUCUACCGCUAUGCGCGUAUCUUUGUGUUAGACAUAACGGAAGCCGAGUUUUUGGCAGAGCAGGUGGGCAGCAUGAACAAGCAUCAGAGACAAGGGUUCGCGCUUCUGGGGAUAGGGAUUUUCUUUGUCUACAUAGGAAUAUUGCGUGUUGCCUAUUCGGGAAUCAAGCACUCAGCAAGAAAGCACCAGCAACUCGAGCUGCACGACAAAACGAAGUAGAAACGAAUUAUGCGUCGCGCAUUUUUAGCAGGGUAGAAACGCGCGACAAGACGGGGUAGAAACGAAUUAUACAGCUCGAAGUUGGCCAAGCAACUCUACUUGUAUCUUUUUAUGUUGUUUUUUACUCCAAGCGUUUAUGUUUCUGUUACUUGCUUCUUGUUGUAACAUUAUUCUUAUUCCUCUACUUUGGCUUUGCGUUUGAGUUUUGACACACGGUGACGAUGAUUCAACUUGCAAUUCACAUUUUCAAUCAUGUUGCUCAUUGUUGUAAUUUCUACAACUUCAAAAUCGACUACCUCUACCGCGUUUGAGCUUUCUCCAACGCCUAUGUCUGCACCAUCAUGGUCAAUGUGCCAACCGCUUUUUACACAUCAUGAUGUUGACGUUCUUAAUAUGGGAGCAAGUGAUCAUUCUGCAGUUCAUGCCUGGUUGUCAG